GGGCGGGGAGAGGACACCUUCCGACCAAUGAGCACGGCGGGGAGGCGGGGCGGUGCCGCCGGUACCGUUGGGCGCAGAGGCGGCGGCGGGCGGCGGGCGGCGCCGCCAUUAUGAGUUACUCAGGUUAUGGAGACUGGAACUCUGGGACAAACAGAGGGUAUGAGAGCUACAAUUAUGGCUAUGGCUAUGGGCAGGACAACUCGGGCAACUAUGGCUACGGCAUGGCUGCCUCCAACUCGUGGGAUAUGGGCAACUCAGACAUGGACAUGAACCCCGACGGUGCUGGCAGUGCCGACACCGUCAUUGCCAAAAUGAACCAGCGCCUGGACAUGGUGUCCCACCUGGAUGCUGACAGCAUGCAGGGUGGGCACUACGGCUCCGGCGGGGACCGGUACGACUCAUACGAAUCCUACGACUCGAGGUCCUCAAUGAACGACCGGGACAUGUACCGCUCCGGUUACGACUACAACGAGAACGAGAACGACAACGCCUACGACAGUCACUACGACGGUCACUACGACGACCACUAUGAAAGUCACUACGACAGCUUCUAUGGGAACCGCAGGGACCAGUACCAGCACAGGGCACGGGAUGGCUUUGGCCAACGGGGUCAGAACUGGGCGCGGGACGGGCGCAACACCAGACCCAUGGCUUCACCGUACUCGGGGCGCAUGGGCGGGCAGUGGAACGACGCGCCGCGGGGCAUGGGCCCCCACGGCUCCUCCCGCCUGCCUUCCCUCUUCUCCCACAACAUCAUCCCGGAGCUCGGCAUGUUCCAAGGGAUGCGAGGAUUUUCGGGGAACAUGCGCUUCGGAGGAGGCAUGAUGAAGCAGAGGAUGAGGAGAAACUGGAAAAUGUGGGAUUCGGACUUUAAACCUCAGAAGAAGAAAAUGAAGAAGGAUCUCACCGGAAAGAAGCGGAAGCAAACCAGCAGCUCAGAUGAACCCGACAGCAAGGCGGCGAAGACAGAUGGCUCCGAAUCUGACUCUGACAAUGAGGAAGGAACCGAAGGAGAAUCGGGAGAAAAAGAGGAGAAAGAAGGCUCCAGAGGUGAAGGGGAUGAUGAAGAAGGUCGAGACUCAGAGAAAGGUGCUUUAACAAUUCAAGAAGAGAUCAGUCAAAUCAAACGCAAAUUACAGGCGGGCAAGAAAACUCAAGAGAGGCAAAAGAAGAGGCACCGAGAUCGCAUGGUGGAAAGGAUCCAGUACGUUUGUUCCCUGUGCAAAUACCGCACCUUCUAUGACGACGAGAUGAACAGUCACCUAGAGAGCAAAUUCCACAAGGAACAUUUCAAAUUUGUUGGAACCAAGUUGCCCCAGCAAACAGCUGACUUCCUGCAGGAAUAUGUUGCCAAUAAAACGAGGAAAACUGAAGAGCGCCGUAAAGCAAUUGAGGACAUCAACGCAGUUAUCCAGCAGAUCUAUAGGGACCAGGAUCUUACACAAGACAUUGGUAUGGAGCACUUCAUCAAGAAGGUAGAGGCUGCUCACUGCGCUGCGUGCGACCUCUUCAUCCCCAUGCAGUAUGGCAUCAUCCAGAAGCACCUGAAGUCACUUGACCACAACCACAACCGCAGGGCCAUGAUGGAGCAGUCCAAGAAAUCCUCCCUGGUGGUGGCCAGGAGCAUUCUGAACAACAAGCUGAUCAGUAAGAAGCUGGAGCGGUACCUGAAGGGUGAGAAUCCUUUCACAGAUGACCCCGAAGAAAAAGAGGAGCACGAGGAGGGAGAAGGGGGAACAGCUGGGAACGUGGAGGAAGGGACAGCAGAAGGAGGAGACGAAAACAAGGAUGAGGAGGAGAAUAUGGAAGAAGAGAAUGUGGACGAUGAGAACAAGGAGGAAAACGUGGGCGAUGAGAACAAGGAGGAAGAGAAUUUAGACAAUGAGAACAAAGAGGAGGAAAUUUUAGACGAUGAAAACAAAGAGGAAGGAAAUCUGGAAGAGGAAAGCAACGAUCCCAAGGAGAACCCAGAAGGAAAUGAAAAUGAGGAGGAGGAAGAAAAAGGGACAAAGAGGGAAACUGAGGCCCAGGCAGAAGCACAAGAAGUGGAGCUGGGCGCAGGGAGCAGAGGGGGGGAGGAGGAGGAGAGCUGGCAGCCUGCUGGGGAAUCGCUGCCGGAGGACGAAGAGCAGCAGCCAGCAGAAGGUGAAGAGGAGGAGGAGGAGAGUGAAGAAACCACUGCUGCUCCUGAGGAUGAGGAUACGGCAUAAAACAUUGGAUAGGAAAGCUGACACAAAAGAACUGGCAUCUUUUUUUAAAAACAUUGAAAAGAAGCAUAACUGUAUCUGUGAAUUUGAUAGCACAUGUUGAGUUACCGUUCCACUAAACUCAUGUAGGCAGUGGAAGCCUUUAACUGUAAAGUGAUUGGGGAAAAAUAGAUUCCUAUUUUAUUUUUUGUUCUGUUUUGUUUUUGUGGUUUUGGUUUUUUUUUUGUUUUUUUUUUGUUUUUUUUAACCAAAUCUUCAUUUGAGUAGCUAGGUUUUGUGUGGUCUGGUUUUUUAGAUGCCUUUGUACUAGGAGAACUUCCUCUGAGCAUGUGUACCAACCAGCGCAUCGUCACCACCUGGCAAAUGAGAUCUCUUCUCUCUCCCCCCUUAAAAUUUUUCUAUAUUUAAUGAAGAUGUGGUUUGUCCCCUCAGACUGUCUGCCUGGAGCCAGCGGAAGUUCCCUUGCAGGGCGUUCAUUUCUGCGAUGUACGCUGUGAGGUUCUGCAUCAUCUCUGUGUGACUGUAAUAUUCCUCCCUCCCCCCCCUCCCCGCCCCAUGUUUUAAUGCAGAGCGAAACUUUUCAGUGGUGUCAACA